AUGGGAGCCAUGGUAGUAGCGAGCAUCCUUUGGACAAUUUUCGUCGCCGUUCAGGCAAAUCCAUUAACAGUCGAUUCAAAAUGGGAUACCUCACGGGACAUGUCCUUCGACUCGAUUUUACCGCAGAACUCUGGAUCAACAAUUGACGACGUAGGAAGAUACCCUCGCGGCACUCCCGUCGAAGAGUUCAUUUCAUUCGAAAACGCUAACAGUGAUGAUGCUGGCAAAAACUACAAGUUCUUGGAGUCAGUGAAAGAAGAUGAUCAGUUCAUGGAGAACACUAGGAAUGAUCAAUUCGUGGAUACCACCAGUUUCGUGCCUUAUUCAACCAAAGCGACAUUGCUAGCUUUGCCCGUUCCACAAAAACAAAUAGAAGACAGAAGCUACAGAAGGGGCGUAGAUUACUACGAUCUGGAUGACUACGAAAGCGGCGGUGGCGCACAUCAUCAAAGUCAUCACGACCACCAUCACCACGAGAGCCAUGCCGAAGUGCACUACCAUCAACACAAGCAUAUGCACAAACAUAAGCAUGAACAGCAACAUCACCACAAACAUAAGAACGAGCACAAACAUGAGCAUGGUCACAAGCAUCAACACCAUAACCACCACGAACACAAGCACGAGAACCAUCACAAGCAUUCCCACCACAACAAACAUGAACAUCACCACAAGAACGAGCAUCAUCACCAGCAUCAUCAGGAACACAAGCACCAACAUCAUGUUCAGCACAAACACGAGCACAAGCAUCAUCAAGAACAUAAGCAUGAUCAUCACAACGAGCACAAGCACUCCCAUCAUCAGGACCACAAGCAUAGCCACCACCAGGACCACAAACACGACCAUCAUCACUCUCAUUCCCAUCAUAAUGAGCAUAAGCAUCAUCACGGCCACAAACAUGAAAACAAACAUCAUCACGGCCACAAACAUGAACACAAACAUGGUCACAAGAGCCACCACCAUCAUAAGCACUCCAAACAUUGA